GUGGUCUCAGAUACACCGUUAUCGGAUCUCUAUCUAAUGGACAAUGCGUAAAAAACACUGGACAGAGACAAUGGAGGGAUGGCUAUGUUUGGUAUUCUAUCGCAUACAAUGGAAGGACAGGUUGGGUAGCAGGGAAGUAUCUCAACCAAGCUGCAUCCAGUCGAUGCGGUGGAGGUGGGAGUGGCGGUGGUGGCGGGCGAGGUUGUUCUGCGAUUAUAUCAAGGGCAGGUUGGGGAGCACGGCCAGCAAGGGGCAGAUCUUCAAUUCGAACUCCAGUCAAUAUGGUAUUCAUCCAUCAUACAACAGGAAGUUUCUGUAACUCGAAGUCUUCAUGUUCACGUUCGGCGAGAGGGCAUCAGAAUUAUCACAUGGACCGAAAUGGAUGGUCCGAUAUUGGCUACAGUUUCUUGGUUGGCGAGGAUGGUAACGCAUACGAAGGCCGUGGGUUCAGCACCGAAGGUGCACACACAUACGGAUAUAACAGAAACGCCAUCGCGAUCUCAUUCAUAGGCAACUUUGAAUAUAGGAACGCAAAAGCAGCCGCCCAGAGAGCUGCAAAGGACGUCAUUGCAUGUGGAAUAUCAAGAGGUUACAUAAGCCCGAAUUACGAACUCUUUGGUCACAGAGAUGCUAGUUGCACGGCAUGUCCAGGAAAAUACCUGUAUUCAAGCAUACAGAGUUGGCCAAGAUUCAGCAGAAGGAGACUAAAGAAAUAUAAUUGCUGA